AUGACUUUGACACACAUUACUACACCGACACCGACACCGGUAGCACUAGAGGAAGUGAUCGAGGAACCCGAGCCUCAGUAUUGUGGGUAUUGUACUAGUACUGAUGAGAUUUGUAAACGAUAUGGUUCUUUCAAUCUUGCACGCUCACGUGCCUACGACGGUCCUAAUGCACGACUCAAACGCGUUCUCCGUAAACUUCGCUCUGGACAGAAAAUCAAAAUCGGUAUAAUUGGGGGUUCGGUCUCUGCAGGCCAUGGUCUCCCCGACCAUCGUUUAAACUGGUCAUACCUCUACGCUCAAUACAUUCGAGAGACUUUUGGUUCUGAGAAUGUUGAAGUGGAGCUGAUCAAUGGGUCUGUUGGGGCCACUGUUAGCGACUAUAUGGAGACGUGUUUUCUGGAACAUAUCACAGAAGAUGUGGAUCUGGUGAUUAUUGAGUUGGCGAUUAAUGAUAUGAGGUUGGAGAAGCUCGCGAUGGGGUACGAGAAUUUGAUUCGGGCGGUCUUCGCGUUACCGAAUAGGCCUGCGAUUGUUAACCUCCAGAUCAUGGCUUUGAUGUUCCCCACUAUCACCAUGGGUGGUGAUUUGCAUACCGCCGUCGCGCAAUAUUACGAUACACCUAUCGUCAGCGUCCGGAAUGUCCUUCUUCCACAUAUCCUACGUUCUACGGAGCUUAACCCCUCCGAUACCUCUGUUGAGGAUUACUGGUACUACCACAACGACGAUGGAUCCAUUGAUUUACGACACUUGGGUAUAACCGGACACCGUAUGCUAGCAGACCUCCUAAUAUCUUUCACCUCCCGCGUUGCAUGUGAGGCGUGGCGGGAAGAACAACAACAGCAACACGCCCCCGCCGGUUCAUUCGUCGGAGGUUUCGAUUGGUCCCCAUACCCCGAUGACCGCCUCGAUCCCGACUCCCCAACGCCCGGUACUCUCAGUUUACCAAAUCCUAACGAAGGCAUCGACGUCUCCGAAUACAUCCCCCGUGAAUCUCUUUUCCAGAAAUUCGAUCACACAACGAAGCUCCUUCCCGCUCGACCAUUCUGUCAAAUCUCCGCACCCAAUGCGAAACACCCUCUGAUGCCCCUUCCUCAGCCUGUAUCCUCUGAAGGGCACGACGCGUCUGAUAUGUCACAAGUGCCGGAUCCCUCGGAUGCUUUCGCCUUGUGGAGUCAUCCAGGCAACCCAGGAAAAGUGUGGUUGACUGGCCGAAAACCUGGUGUGAAAGUAUCGUUUGCAGUAAAGACGAGCAGUCUGGGAAGGGUGAGGGUGACGUACCUUAAGAGCGAGAGCUAUGGAUUGGGGAGUGUUUGGUGUUGGAUUGACGGGGACAGGGAGAAGGGGGAGAGGUUGGAUGGGUGGUGGCCGGUUGAAAAUAUCCCUCAAACAGUCGCUGAAUCCCUCUCUCCCGGCGAUCAUAUCCUCACUUGCGAGAUCCUCGAAGAUACCAAGGAUCCAGGUGGUGGAACAGAGUUCCGCAUCGUCGCUAUAGAUGCUUUGUAA